CACUUUUACAAGCAUACUACAUAGCACCGACUGGUCAAUAUGAAGAACAUAGUUAACUGUGUAAAACUCUACAUAUGAUAUGCAGCUUGGAAUUUAAAAACUUGACUCUUGUAGUGUAAAGAUGGAAUUUUUAAGAAAGGCUGUUAUAGUAACAGGUUCAAGUCAAGGUAUUGGGAAAGCAAUAGCUUUAAAUUUUGCGAAACUAGGAGCCAAUGUGCUUAUUCAUGGACGAAAUGAAAGUGCGUUAAAAGCAACACAACAUGAAUGCAGAACAGUAGGCCAGCCUGAUGCAAAGUUUCCAAUCGUUAGAGGUGAUAUUCUUAAAAAUGAGACUAUGAAAUCUAUAGUUGAUGAAGCAAUGACUGAAUUCUCCAGAAUCGAUGUUCUUGUGAAUAACGCUGGAGGAGCCAAACAAAUGGGAUCAAUUUUAGAUGCAACAAUGACUGAUUUGGAUUAUGAGUUGAACAUCCACUUCAAAGUUCCGCUACAUAUGACCCAACUUUCUUACCCAGAACUGAAGAAAACACAGGGAAAUAUUGUGAAUAUAUCUAGUUUCUUAGGAGUACGACCUAACACGACUAUACCAUUUUACACAAUGUCAAGAGCAGCAUUAAAUAUGUUUACCCAAUGUGCAGCGCUUGAAUUCAGCCCUGAUGGUGUUCGAAUCAAUGCUGUGGCACCUGGAUAUGUUGAAACCAAUGUUUUUCUAAAUAUGGGCUUUGUGUCGACCAUCCAAGAACAAAAAGACAUACAUACUGGAGCAGCCAAAGCUGUUCCCUUGAGGAAACUGGCUACUGUUGAGGAUGUUGCAAAGGCUGUGGUGUUCACAGCAUCCAGCCCAUCAAUGCAAGGUGAAAUCUUGGUCUUAGAUGGAGGUCAUUCAUUGGUUGGACAAGAUGCCGAAACUUUGGCAAAUGCAGCCAAGUGUAAUUAGAAAGUUUAAUAGAACUUUGAUGAUACAAAAAAGUGUUUUCUUAAACAUUCAUUGGUUGGACAAGAUGCAGAAACCUUGGCAAAUACAGAAAAGUGUGAUUAGAAAGUGUCAUAGAACUUUGAUGACAAUAAAGUAUUUUUUUAAACAUUCAUUGGAUUGUCAAGAUGCAGAAACCUUAGCAAAUACAGAAAAGUGUAAUUAGAAAGUGUCAUAGACCUUUGAUGAGACAAAACAUGUUAUCUUAAACAUUCAUGGGUUUGUCAAGAUGCAGAAACCUUGGCAAAUACAGAAAAGUGUAAUUAGAAAUUGUAAGUAGAAAUUGGAUAAUAUAGAAAAAGAAAGUGCUUUCUCAUAUAUGGAGGACAUUCAUUGGUUGGACAGGAUGCCAAAAAUGCAGCUCAGUAUAAUUACAAAGUGGAUUUAGAACUUGGAUAAUACUGGUAUAGAAAAGUGAUUUUUUUCACACAUGGAGAACAUUCAUUGCUAGAUGCUUAAAGGCUGGCAAAUGCAACAACGUUUAAUUAGGGAAAGUACAUAGAACUUCAUUGAUAUACCAAAGGAAAGUGCUUUCUCACAUAAAAAUCACAUCCAACCUGACCCUACCUUGGUAACCAUAGCAACCAAUAAAAUGAAAAUGUGAUGUCAUAGAACAAUGAAACUUUGUCAGUGUUAUAUUCAAUGUACAAGUGAUAUUGUGUGAAAAAAUUACAUAGAAAGUGUUAAUAUUGAUGAAAUUAGAGCGGACGGUCCAUUACUUUCUGAUCGCCCCUUGUACAUGAAGGACAUUUAUUGGUUGGACAGAAUGUGGAGACAUUGGCAAAUGGGGCAAAGUGUAAUUAGAAACUAUACAUAGCUCUUGGACAAUAUAGAAGGUACUAAAGUACUUUCUCAUACAUGGAUGACAUUCAUUGGUUGGACAGGAUGUGGAGACAUUAGCAAAUGGGGCAAAGUGUAAUUAGAAAGUAUACAUAGCUCUUGGACAAUAUAGAAGGUACUAAAGUACUUUCUCAUACAUAGAUGACAUUUAUUGGUUGGACAGAAUGUGGAGACAUUGGCUAAUGUGGCAUCUGUAAUUAGAAAGUAUACAUAGCUCUUGGACAAUAUAGAAGGGUUGGACAUAAUACUGAAACAUUGGUAAAUGCUAUUGUACAUCUAAGGGAAUGGAUGUGUGAUUAUUCAAAACAUGCAACUAGAAACUAGACUUACAGGGAACUUAUUGAACUUGAGCUGCUUCUUCUGGCUUGGCACUUUGGAGAAUAUUGUUAAAGUUAUUGUUACUUAUUGUCUAUCUUGGACUAAUAAAUGUAUAAUGCUGAAACUGUAU